AUGGAUAUUGCAACGUCGGAUUUAGAGAGAUCGCCCGCGCCAGACCCACUGUCGAGCUCAAUUGCGAGGUCGUCCACCGAUUUGCUACUGAGCAAGAACCCAUUUCGAAGUGCCUCCUCACCGCAAGUACCGCAGCAGCUGCGGGAAUCGCUGCAUGACCAUGGCCAUGGCCAUGGUCAUGACCGUGAAGACAUUUUUCAGUGUAAGCAGCCCGAGUCUGAAGGGUCUGAUCAGGUGCAGCAGAUGGAAAAUCGAACAAUGAUCCCGCGGGAUGAGCUUAUCAAGUACCCUUUCAAGACCUUGAACAGGAUCUUGAACGACCUAAGAUGGACCAUACCGGUGAGAGACAAUUUUGGGGUCAGCUUACUAAAUACUCGGCCCAUUGAAUACUCAGAGAAACUAGUGAGGGUGGUCAAUGCUAGCGCGUCGCUGUACCGGACAUUUAUCCUAAAUGGAGGAGUUGAGUUUUGCCCCUCGGUUGAGAAAUUCGAAUAUCCCGAGUCUAAGCUGACACUAUGCAUAAUUCGAGGAAUGGUGCUAAACCAGCAGGACGACGAGAUGCAUCAUUUCAGAGUCUUGAUUUUGGAAAACAAUACAAAUCCUUUCAUUGCCAAUGUGAUGGACAAACACCAGUACCAUGUUGUACCCGAGUCCCUACUCUCAGAGUCUGAUUUGUUUUUAUUGCGAAAACGACCCAAAAAAGAAACAGCAACAAAAGGAAAAGGUGAAGAUAAUAAUGAUCAAGAAGAACAAGGGGAGCUAGAGGAGGAAGAAGAAGAAGAGGAGGAGGAGGAGGAGAAAUCGAUAAUCGAUGACGCAUUUUUCAAAAGCUUAAACUCGUUGAGCAACCACAUAUUAAGAGUAACGGUGUUUAAGCCUGAAUUUUCCAAGAACGAGCUCGAGAGUUUGACUAACCCGACAAUAAUCAAAGAGAGGUACCUCAAGAGCCUAAAGAAUCAUCCCGACUUGGAUGCGGCGCUCGUUCCAAGUCCCUUUCAAUGCGCGAGUACAUUAAUCAAAGUCUUGAAAGGCCCCAUAUUACUCGGAGACCAGCCGGUGCGGGUUAUAAGUCUAGAUGCAACGGCGUUGGAAACGCAAAUAGAAGUUGAUUUUUUAAUUGAAAAACUUCGAUUCACUUUAAAUAAAGAGAAGCGUGAAGUGAUUCCUCCCAAAUUGCAAGAGUCGCCGCAGGCAUUGACAGAGUCGUAUAUCCGGAAAAUGACCGAACUCAUCUACCUCGCAAGCAAGUUGAAGCUGGUGAAGAACCCAUACCUCAGUCAAUACUCGUUUUCAGAUAAUAUGGUGCAAGUUUUCCAAAAUAUUGCUGAAUAUGACAAAAACUCAAGCAUCAUCAAUUUCAACAGCAACUACGCCAAUCGGUAUAGGUUCUUUAUCGACUUGAGUGUAGCAGCGCAUUUCUCGGACGAGUUGAUUAUCAAAUGCUUUGAACACACUGUGGAGUCAGACCCAGACAAUAAGAUGAUUUACGUGGAUGCGUUGAAGGAAAUUAGAAACUUUCAAUCCAACACCAACCGUGGCCCCAAAUUGAAUUCCUAUUUGAACAAGUUAUCGCAGCAGGGCCAAUUGGUUGGACUAAAUGAUUUCUUAGAGGCGUUGAAGAUCUUGGGUCUCCAAGUUGACGCUGUGGAAGAUGCAAAGAAAUUCGACGACGACAUUAUAAUUGCCAUGUAUCGAGACCAAUUGAAGAAUGACCGCAGAAAUUACCAAUACUUUAACAACCAAUUGAGAAUAAUCUCGGUGGCCAAGGAGUCUGACACUAUUAGGAAUUUUUUGGCAAAUGAAAUUUUACCCGUUGAUAUGGCUCUCGCGGAGCUAGAGGUCGAGGAGAUCACCGAGGACGAGGUGGUGAUCACUGCGUUUGAGUUUAAAGCCGACGACUUGCUACAGCUGAACGGCUUUAAUGCGAUGGCGAGUGAGGUUGUUCUUUUGAAUAGGGCCAUUACUUCGUUAGCAAUCAACAGACGAAGCUAUGCAUUGUUGCACUAUCUCGAGACCAAGUUCCCCGAGUAUGUCAAGACAGCAGAGACUGAAAAGAUGAACAUACGCGAAGCUUACAACUUGCUUGACGUCAGGGCGAAAACCUCAGAAUUUGAGAUUAUUUCGAAUUUCCAAAACCGGCUACUGGAAAGCAAGAUCGAUGUGCGUUUGUUGCGUUGUGCGUUGAGAUUUAUCACCGCUUUCAAACAUUCUGAGAUUUUGGAAAAGUUUUUGGAGUCGGGGAAAAUUGAUUCCUCAUUGUUGCCAGCUGAGAACUGGCCCGCGGGCUUGGAUAACAUUGGCAACACAUGCUACUUGAACUCGUUGCUCCAGUAUUACUUUUGCAUUAAACCCUUGCGCGACUUGGUUUUAAACUUCAACGAGACAGAUUUUGAUCUUGGAGAGUUUGCAGAUGCCAGGAAGAUUGGCGGUCGAAAAGUUGAGCAAUCGGAGAUUCAGCGGUCGAAUCAGUUUAUCUACCAUUUAAGAAAACUAUUCAAUGAGAUGAUCCAUACAGACAAGAGAUGUGUCCAGCCUAGCAAGGAGCUUGCUUACUUGUCGUUCUUGCCAUUGUCUCAACCAGUGACUUUUAGGGACGCCAAGAUCGAACCGUCUGGUGAAACACCAGCCGAUGAAGCUGGGAACAAUGCUGGAGAUGUGAAUAUGGAGGAUGCCAACGCUGAUGAUGCCAACACUAAUGAUGAUGAUGAUGAUGAUGAUGAUGAUGAUGUUAACGCUGAUAACGAUGAUGACAAUAAUGAUGAUGAUUAUGGUCUAGAUGCUUCCCAUGAGCUGGGUGUGACCGAAUUUGCUGAGGACCCAUUUAAAGACAAGGAAACCUUGAUCGACCUUGAUGGAGAAGCCGAGGAGUUGAAGGCAAACAGUGGGCAGCUGCCAGUUGUUAUUCAAUCACGACCAGCAGAGGCUUCGCCAGACAACUUUGAGGAGCAGCUUAUUGAGGAAGUUGAGACUCCAGACUCGAUGGAAGCUGCAAAUACAUCACCUAAACCUGAAUUGGUAGUUGCCGAUCCCGAUAACCCACUGAUUCUUCCUAUUUCGGUUGAAGAGAUGGAAAGCACAAUUGAACUAGGCCGGCAACAGGAUGUCACUGAAUGCAUUGAAAAUGUGAUUUUCCAAAUUGAAUUUGCGUUGCCUCCAACGUUGUUAGACGAAGAUGGCGAACAGUACGAUUUGAUAAAAGAAUUGUUUUACGGCAAGACCAAGCAGACUAUCCUGCCGUUGGAAGCGACUUCCAAUGGGGCCAAGGAAAGGGUGUUGACGGAGCGAUUCAAUAGUUUGAUCAUCAACGUGAGCGAUCAUCCAAAGAGCAUCUAUGACUCGUUGGACAACUAUUUCAACGAGGACAUUGUAAAAUUGGACGAAGGGUUGGUCAAAAAGUCAAUCACGAUUACCGAAUUGCCGCAAAUCAUGCAAUUCCAUGUGCAAAGAGUCAUGUUUGACAGAGAGAAAUUGAUGGCUUACAAGAGUGUCGAACCAAUACCGUUUAGUGAUAAGAUAUAUCUCGAUAGAUACCUCGACACCGACGAUGAAGUCAUUUUGCAAAAGAGGAGCGACGUGUUUCAAUGGAAAAAAGAGAUAAAUGCACUCCUCGCCGAGAAGGAUGAGAUCCAAAGACCGGGCGAAGAGACAAACAUGUCAAUAAUCGAGAGUCUUUCCACUACCAAAAGCUUUCUUGAAAAAUGCGUUAUAAACGACGAUAGGCUCUGCAUUGAGCUCACGACGAUUCAAGUGCUAUCUGACCAAAUCAACAAACUCAAGGACCGGCUCGAGGAAAUCGACACUAGGGUCAAUAUUUUGCAAUCAAACAUCGUGGAGCAAUUUCAAGAUUACAAAAAAAUCGGUUAUUCCAUCUUUGCAAUCUUCAUUCAUCGAGGCGAGGCGAGCUAUGGCCAUUACUGGAUAUAUAUAAAAGAUCCCCAUCAACGUGGCGUUUUCCGUAAAUACAACGAUGAGAUUGUGAGUGAAGUUGCUGAUUCUGAAGUGUUUAAUUUCCUCGAGGGAAACACUGCUACCCCCUAUUAUAUCGUUUACGUCAAGGAUGAGUUGGAGCUGGAGUACAUCAAUCCGUUGAACCGAUCAAUAAAAAGUUGCAGCUAG